CGAAAAUCUUCUAAAUAUCGAUAAUUACUAUUUUCACGAGAAAGUAAAGCAAUCAUGCCCGGUCUCGCUGGCUUUUCAGACAACCCCUUCCGAACCCGAGAAGACUGCGUGACUGCAACAUGGGCUUUACUUUCACCCCUCAAAGAGUACACAUCACCCCUGGGAGCACGAAUUCGACUACCUGUGUCAACAGGAGCACAUUUCGAUGAAGUAGCUGCUCAAUUAGAAGGAUUCGCCAGGCCGUUAUGGGCUGUGGGGGCACUCCUCGCUUCAGCCAAGAACAAUCCCAUUGACCCACGGCUCCAACCCUGGGUUGAUGGCUUGAUAGCAGGCACAAAUCCUGAGAACGAGCAUGGCAUUCAUGGAGAGUAUUGGGGCGGAUUCCGGACGACUGAUCAACGCAUGGUGGAGCUCGAAAUUAUUGGUUAUGCAUUGCUUGUUGCACCAGAGGCAUUUGUUCCUUCACUCCCAGCAGAGCCUUCAAAUCUCACACCCCAAGAGACGAGGAACUUCGAAUCACGGGCGCGGGUCAUCAAGUAUAUCCGAGCCAUCAAUGGCAAGGAAAUGCCGUUCAACAAUUGGCGAUGGUUCAGAAUCAUGGCAAAUUUAGCGCUGGUGAAAGCCUGUGGAGUUCCGUAUGAGGAAGUGAAAGAGCUCAUGGACUCAGACCAUGAUAUUCUCAACCAGUUCUACUUGGGAAAUGGCUGGGCUGCAGAUGGGUUCUGGAGUGAUCAGGGUAGACAGGCUGAUUAUUACUCUUCGAGUUUUGCGAUUCAGUUUUCGCAGCUGUUGUAUGUCAAGUAUGCUUCAGAUAUCGACCCUGAAAGGUGCGAAGUCUUCAAGGAAAGAGGAAGGCUGUUUGGUGAUCAAUUUUGGAGGUAUUUCGACUUUGAUGGUGCUGCCAUUCCAUUUGGACGCAGUCUUACAUAUCGAUUUGCCGCAGCCGGAUUCUGGUCUGCGGUUAUCGUUGCGGAGGUUCCCCUUCCUCCGUCUUUGAACUUAGGAACCGUGAAAGGCCUUCUCCUGCGGCACUUACGCUGGUGGUCGAAACACCCGGAUAUUUUCAACCUAGAUGGAACGUUCAACAUUGGCUACGCCUACCCUAAUAUGUACAUGUGUGAAGAUUACAACUCCCCUCAGUCACCUUACUGGUGUCUAAAGACCUUGAUCUCCAUUUCCCUCCCCGAAGCUCAUGAGUUCUGGACGUGUAAGGAGCUGCCACAUCCUCUCGCGAAAUUACUUUCCUCACUUUCAAGCUCCACAGCACCACCUACCGUACCUAUUUCUGUUGUGGGUCUGGAUGAACCAAAACAGAUACUCGUCUCCUCGUCACAUCAUCACUACCUCCUCUCACUAGGCCAAUUCUGCCCCUGGCCCAUCAAAGCAUCUGAAGCCAAAUACUGCAAAUUCGCGUACUCCUCCACCUUUAGUUUCAGCGUCCCAACCGGACCAUUGAUUCAACAAAUGGCACCUGAUAAUACCUUGGCCAUCAGCGAGGACGAGGGUGAUACUUGGCGCUUGAUGUGGAAGACUGCCGAUCCGCAAUUGGGAACAGUACAAUUUCGGCGAUCUGACGGCUCGUCCGAGGAAGUUCCAAAGCUUUCAGCAACUUGGUCACCAAGCAAAAAAUCACCUCUGAGAAUUGAGACGACGCUCAUCGCUCCAACAAAGCGCUGGCCGGAUUGGCAUAUCAGAGUGCAUACCAUCAGACGACGAGAUACUGUAAAACCAACCAUUAACUUCAUCAGAACAGUAGAAGGAGGAUUCGCAGUGCCUUGCCGCCGUGAAGAUGGGACUGCACUGCCGCAACUCAAUGCAGCGGACUUCGGAAAUGACCACGAGAACAUUAUCGAUGGGGUUCUAGAUGGUGGUGAUUCUUCGUUGAUUUUAAGUUCUGCUGGAGUCAGUGGCAUUGUGCACUUGCUCCGUGGUGCAGGAAAAGGGGAGGCGUUGAAACCAGAUUCUAAUACUAAUCUGAUGUUUCAACGGUCUAUCAUUCCGACCGUUAGACAGGAGUAUGAGUUUGUGGAAGAUGAGGAGGAGAUGAGAAUUUUAGUUGCUGUUUUUGCGAUAAGUCGGAAGCAUGUCUCGCUCUCUGGGAAAGAGAUUUGGAAGCUUUGGAAUGACAGACCUGUAGUCGGCCGCGUUCGUGAUGCGAGUCAAAACAACAUGGAUGCAAUAGUCAUUGCCUGAUCGGGACUUGAAAUCAUUUAAAUUUCCCCGACCAGUCGUAUCGUACGAGAAGGCUUAGCCUCAAACAUGCGAUCCUGCGGAGGUGUGAAAUCACGGC